UCUAGACGGACCACCACACAGAGAGGAGAGAGAUGAAGCUACUACAUAUCCUCUGCUUCUGCCUGGCUGUCCUCGCCUCCACUUGGGCUGAGACAGGAGGGGUUGGGAGACAUAGGAAUGGUGGUAUUACACGACCCAAGACCCCCUGUGAGCGUGCAAGAGAUGCUGUGAAAAAUGGACUAAUUGGAGCUGACAUCCCCACUUGUGAUGACGAUGUAGAAUACACCCAUGAGCAAUGUUCAGGCUCUACAGGUUACUGUUGGUGUGUGAACAGUUCUGGACAGAAGGUCCCGGGUACUGAAACUCGACCAGGCACUGCUAGAAUCAACUGUGCCACACAGAAUGGUAUGAUGCGACCCAAGACCCCCUGUGAGAUUGCUAGAGAUACUGCGAUGAAAAUAGUCAGGCUUGGAGUCUACGUCCCCACAUGUGACAACGAUGGACAAUACACCCCUGAGCAAUGCAGGGCCUCUACAGGUUACUGUUGGUGUGUGAACAGUACUGGACAGAAGAUCCAGGGUACUGAGACUCCACCAGGAACUGCUAUAAUCAACUGUGCCACACAGAAUGGUAUGAUGCGACCCAAGACUCCCUGUGAGAUUGCUAGAGAUACUGCGAUGAAAAUAGUCAGGCUUGGAGUCUACGUCCCCACGUGUGACAACGAUGGACAAUACACCCCUGAGCAAUGCAGGGCCUCUACAGGUUACUGUUGGUGUGUGAACAGUACUGGACAGAAGAUCCAGGGUACUGAGACUCCACCAGGAACUGCUAUAAUCAACUGUGCCACACAGAAUGGUAUGAUGCGACCCAAGACUCCCUGUGAGAUUGCUAGAGAUACUGCGAUGAAAAUAGUCAGGCUUGGAGUCUACGUCCCCACGUGUGACAACGAUGGACAAUACACCCCUGAGCAAUGCAGGGCCUCUACAGGUUACUGUUGGUGUGUGAACAGUACUGGACAGAAGAUCCUGGGUACUGAGACUCUACCAGGCACUGCUAGAAUCAACUGUGCCACACAGAAUGGUAUGAUGCGACCCAAGACUCCCUGUGAGAUUGCUAGAGAUACUGCGAUGAAAAUAGUCAGGCUUGGAGUCUACGUCCCCACGUGUGACAACGAUGGACAAUACACCCCUGAGCAAUGCAGGGCCUCUACAGGUUACUGUUGGUGUGUGAACAGUACUGGACAGAAGAUCCAGGGUACUGAGACUCCACCAGGAACUGCUAUAAUCAACUGUGCCACACAGAAUGGUAUGAUGCGACCCAAGACUCCCUGUGAGAUUGCUAGAGAUACUGCGAUGAAAAUAGUCAGGCUUGGAGUCUACGUCCCCACGUGUGACAACGAUGGACAAUACACCCCUGAGCAAUGCAGGGCCUCUACAGGUUACUGUUGGUGUGUGAACAGUACUGGACAGAAGAUCCAGGGUACUGAGACUCCACCAGGAACUGCUAUAAUCAACUGUGCCACACAGAAUGGUAUGAUACGACCCAAGACUCCCUGUGAGAUUGCUAGAGAUACUGCGAUGAAAAUAGUCAGGCUUGGAGUCUACGUCCCCACGUGUGACAACGAUGGACAAUACACCCCUGAGCAAUGCAGGGCCUCUACAGGUUACUGUUGGUGUGUGAACAGUUCUGGACAGAAGAUCCUGGGUACUGAGACUCCACCAGGCACUGCUAGAAUCAACUGUGCCACACAGAGGCCCAUUGGGGAACAGGGUCCCAUAGGGGAUGCAACCCAAGAUUCCAGAUGCAGCCAAAGCUUCCGGGAUGUUUGUCCAGCAAUGUUACUGUCGGUGUGUGAACAGUUCUGGACAGAAGAUCCAGGGUACUGAGACUCCACCAGGAACUGCUAUAAUCAACUGUGCCACACAGAAUGUGGACAGAGAUGAAAGGAGUUGGAGCAAAGACAUUGGAAUGACUUUGACAGUUGUCUUUACUGUACUACAGGACCUGAUUCACAUUCUAUACAAAUAAAUGAAGGCAUCCAGAGAUUAAACUGUUGAUUUACUUUC